GUCAAAACCCUGAUUACAGCGUGUCUUGUAAAACCUGAGGGGGUUUGCACAAUCCCAGUCUUCUCCGGGCGAACAAGAUGGAGUACGUUAAUCCCGAAGGUCUUCGUUUAGAUGGUCGCCGUCCCAUGGAGAUGAGACAACUUCGUGCUGAAAUAGGGGUUGUAUCCAGAGCAGAUGGUUCCGCUUCGUUUGAAAUGGGUAAUACCAAAGUCAUUGCUGCAGUUUAUGGUCCUAGGGAGGUUCAGAACAGGAGCCAACAGAUGAAUGACCAGGCACUGGUACGUUGCGAGUAUAGCAUGGCUAAUUUCAGCACUGGCGAUCGCCGGAGAAAAACAAAGGGCGACAGGAGAUCCACAGAGAUAUCUCUUGUUAUUCGCCAGACAAUGGAAGCUUGCAUAUUGACACACCUGAUGCCUCGCUCUCAGAUAGACAUUUAUGUCCAAGUUCUCCAAGCAGACGGAGGUACAAGAUCAGCAUGCAUAAAUGCUGCCACACUGGCACUAGCUGACGCGGGUAUUCCCAUGCGUGAUCUCGUCACAUCAUGCAGUGCUGGAUACCUGAAUAGCACACCUCUUCUUGAUCUAAACUACUUGGAAGAUAGUGCUGGAGGCGCUGAUGUCACUGUAGGAAUUUUACCUAAGUUGGACAAAGUGACCCUUUUGCAGAUGGAUGCUAAACUACCAACUGAUAUUUUUGAAAAUGUCAUGCAAUUAGCAGUUGAAGGCUGCAAAGCAGUGGAAAGCCACAUCCGAGAAAUAUUGUUAGAAAAUGCCCAGACAUUGGUGAUUCGCCAAGGGUACGGCUCUUAACAAGCUGAGGAACGUUUAUUGAGUUUUUGUUUGCUGCAAAUCCCAAAGGGAAAAAAGGAGUCCUGGAUUUGCUGCUGCAAUUUUUUCAAACAAUGGUAGAUCAAAAAGUGCUACCGAGCAGCAAAUUUUUUCAAACAAUGGUAGAUCAAAAAGUGCUACCAUUCGGUGAGGGCUUGUGGAGAAAUGAUUUUUCCUAGUGUUUCUUGACUUUGCCUAUUGUCUUUUCUGUCAUGUUACAGUGCUUGUAGGAUGUGUAUUUACUGAUCCCUCUUAAAAUUGAUGAUUAAUGUGGAAGUUAGAAGUUAUUUUGGAAAGUAUUGAAGAAGUUUAUGGUAAUUGGUAUGGUCUUUUUCUAAUUUCAGUACAA